AGCGACGGGGAGAGAAACAGAGGGAGAGAGAGAGGGAGAGAUAGCAAGGAAGGGGCAGGAAAGGAGUGAGAGAGGCAGAGAGAAGAAAAGACACAAAACUUGUGACUUGACAAAAGAGGGCAGGUACCGGAGGCAGGACCAUGAAGGCUGGCGCAGGACUUGUCUCUGCAUUGGCUCUGUUCCUCCUGAUGGGGACAGUGUUCACCCAGAGACCUAGGUCAAAAAAGCCCACGAGGCGCCCAGCUACCAUCAGGAAGCCUUCUGUUCCCAAGCCUGCUGCACCGGCUCAGCCAGAGCCCCAAGAGCCUACAGACUUCCCUCCACCCAUCCUGGGCCCACCCUCCAUGUAUCCUGACUGCCCCCGAGAGUGUUUUUGCUCCCCAAGCUAUCCGAAUUCUCUCAAUUGUGAGAACCGAAACAUCCGUGUGAUCCCUGUCAUCCCAUUUAGAACCCACUACUUGUACUUGCAGAACAACUACAUUUCAGAGGUGACAGAAGAAUCGUUCGUCAACUCUUCUCACGUCCGUUGGAUCAACUUGGCCAAUAACCGCAUUCAUCGAAUAAACAAACAGGUGUUUCAGAAGCUCCCAGCACUGCUGUACCUCUAUGCCCAGGGUAACCAGCUGAAAGAGAUUCCUUCAGGGCUCCCGGCAAGCCUAGAACAGCUCCGCCUCAGUAGGAAUCGCAUUUCUAAGAUCCCUGCUGGUGCCUUUAACAAGAUGGGAAACCUGACUAUGCUUGACCUGUACAACAAUCAGCUGAGUGACAGUGACUUGGGAAGGAACACCUUCAAGGACCUGACAAGCCUCAUGCAGCUCAAUCUGGCUCGCAACAUCCUGAAAAAGAUGCCUGCCGGUAUACCUAGUGGCAUCAUACAACUUUUCCUGGACAGGAACACUAUAGAUGACAUCCCAAAAGACUACUUCAAAGACUUCACUCAACUGGCAUUUGUGAGGCUGAACCGCAACCAACUGAGUGAUAAAGGACUUCCCAAGGCCGUGUUCAACAUAUCCACCCUGCUGGAUCUGCAACUGUCCCACAAUGAGCUUUCUUCUGUUCCUCUGUUCAACUCUCACCUGGAGCACCUGCAUCUCAACCACAACAGCAUCGAGAGCAUCAAUGGCACCCUGCUCUGCCCAUUCAGCCUGCAAGAGCACCUGAACGAUGAAAACCUGGUGCCCAAACUAAGGUACCUGCGUUUGGAUGGAAAUCACCUGAGCCCCCCCAUCCCUCUGGAUGUCAUCAUGUGCUUCAGACACCUCCGCUCUAUUGUCUUGUAGUAGAACUGUGCCUGAAUGCCCUGGACACACACACACACACACACACACACACACACACACACAAACAAACAAACAAACACAAACCACACACGCAUACACGCAAAUAUACACAGAACAAACUGAAUUUAAGUUCAGUGAAGCACAAGGUGUAUCCAACCAUACAUACAUAAAUAAAUGAGGAAAAACUGUUAAGCUUUGAUAGUUCAAGCUUUUUAAGUUUAGGUUUCAUUGCUGUCAGAUUCGAGAGGGUCUGCACAUUGAACCACAAAUCUACAAAGUGUGGAUAUGCCAUCGUUUAGGGUAAGAAUUUUUUAGGAGUUACAAUUUAUCAGCCAUUUUUUUGCUUAUUAAAUUACAAUGCAAAAAAAGUGAGUAAAGCCUGAAAAUACAGGUACAUUGACAGAGAUGCUACAGAGGGUGGAGGGUAGUUAUAUUUAACAGCAGAUGAAGAAACUGCCACCAAGGCACACAGACCUGCAGUGGAUGCCAGAAGAACCAAUUUAAAACAUAACUACCAUGUAGUUGAAACUGUCCCAAAUGUGCCUGCGAUUUUCAAGGUACUCCAUGUAAAAAUGUCAUUUUAUUCUUUUUAUUCUUAGUCUCCUGUAUAUUAUUCUUCUGUAUAAAGAAGCUUUGUACAAAUAAUGGAAAAUAAAACUUUUUCUUUGAUCAUUUGA